AUGGCAGUCUAUGCCUCUCAGCUCGGGGCCAAAGGGCCUUUCCUGAAUCAUGCUCCUGUCCUGCCAACCCAUGCGCCUCCAGCUGGUACGUUCUUGCCUGGCACAAAGGUCCAGGUGGGAGACCACAGGGUCAUCAUCGAGCGCUAUCUCUCCGAGGGCGGCUUUGCCCACGUCUACGUUGUCGUCCUCCCGCGGCCCGUUGAUGGAAACCAGAAAGCUGUGCUCAAGCGAGUGGCCGUCCCUGACAAGGAGCAUCUGGCCAACAUGCGUACAGAAGUCGAAACCAUGAAAAGGCUGCGGGGCCAAAAGCACAUCGUCAAAUAUAUUGAUUCGCAUGCAUCCCAGCUAAAAGGCGGUGGAUAUGAGGUGUUUCUUCUCAUGGAGUUUUGUCAGGGAGGAGGGCUCAUCGAUUUCAUGAAUACCCGCCUGCAAAACAGAUUGACCGAACCGGAAAUUCUGAAGAUCUUCACGGAUGUGGCUGAAGGAGUUGCGUGCAUGCACUACCUGAAGCCUCCUUUGAUGCACAGAGACCUCAAAGUAGAGAACGUUCUCAUUGCCACAAGUGGUUCGUCAAGGAUAUACAAACUUUGCGAUUUUGGUUCUGCGGCUCCCGCCAGACCUGCUGCCACGACCGCUGCAGAAGGACGUCUGAUUGAAGACGAUAUAAACCGCCAUACGACAUUACAGUACAGAAGUCCAGAGAUGAUCGAUGUCUACCGGAAACAGCCCAUCGACGAGAAAUCUGAUAUUUGGGCUCUUGGAGUGUUUCUGUACAAGCUCUGCUAUUACACCACCCCGUUUGAAGAGGUUGGGCAGAUGGCCAUACUAAACGCCAAAUUCAAGUUCCCCGGCUAUCCACGAUUCUCGGACCAGCUCAAACUGCUUAUUGCCUCCAUGCUUCGGGAACGACCGACAGACCGACCAAACAUAUAUCAGGUGCUGCAAAAGGCGUGUCAGUUGGAUGGCCGGGACUUGAAGUUCGAAAACAUCUAUGCUCGACGGACGCAAUCAGAGAGUCGUAAAGACCAAGUGCUUCCGCAGCCCUCUAGUUCCCAAUCUAGAGCUGGCGCAACCUUGUCUCCUCCCAAACCGGCGGCUCCUCCAACUGUUCCUGAUAUCGAACCAAUGCGACGGGGGCGACCCACCAAACCGGUAUCUCACCAUGGCUCAGCAAAACCAAGCCCGUCGCCACUACGAAUGAUGGACAAUGCACACCCUGAUCCCUUUGCAGCGCUGGACGGGAACAAGGUUUCAGUCGAAGACGAGCUUUCUUCAAGGUUCCCGACGCUGGAUCAGUUCUCGUUAAUGACUGACAAGGGCCACAAAUUUGCGUUUGACUCUCAGCCGGAGAAAAAGAGAGAGUCUGUCGACCCCAAUCUUGCACAGCGAGUCACCAAUGCUCUAGCGGACGAUGCAUUUGCGAGACCUCCCAGUCCAGCCAAGUCGAAACCAAUCGUGGAGAAACCACUCCCUGCUAGUAAAUCGCAGACUGUGUUGCAGCACAAGAAGUCUUUGGAAGAUAAAGAGACGCCUGCACGAGCCACCACUGGAAAUCCGCCACCGGUCACUGCGCCAAAGCCAUCAAUGGUGUCUACCGGCACCAUGACGACGCCUUCACCACCCCCAACCACGGAUGCCAAACCGCUUCCAGAACGUCCAAUACACCGCUUUCCUCCCAACGAGCUGUCAUCAACGCCGCCAUCGGCGCACAAGUAUGAGACUAUGGAAUUGCCUCCCAGGGAGCCUCGAUCUGCUCGUAACAAAGACGUAUCAAGGCUGGCAAAUCUACUCAGAGAAGACGGGCUGAGGUCACAGCUUGCUGGGGACUUGGAGCCAAAGUCGCCAACUUCAUCACGCCCAUCUUUAGAAGGGGGUCGUCCGACCCUGCGAGAACUCAAUUCAGGGGUGAGCAGGUCAAGGUCACUCAAUUUCAGGAACCGACCCGCCAGCGUUAACAUCGGGGCGCGACCGACUCACAUCAAAGACAAGGAAAUCAGGAGCCUUGAUUAUGAAACGACAUUUAAGAGUGCGGAACCUGAAAUGGCGCCCUUGACGCAUGUCGAAUCGGGAACCAAUAUUACCUCGGAUGUGGACUUCCUCAAGGCGAGAGAGGAGGAAGAAAAGUCGCGCAGACACCAUAGAAGGCUAGGCAGUGGUUCAAGACACCUUAAAAGAGCGAGUCUGCCCUCGAUCGUGCCUAAUAUAGCGGGAACGACCAAACUGUUGGCAGGCAAGUUCGGAGACGCCUUUAAGAUGUUUGAAAGCAAUAACGACCCGACUCAUCAUCGCCAGCGGAGUGACUCACCUUCCCGCGACCCCAUCAACAUUCUAACCCCAAUUGCAGGAUCUGAGGCCACAGAUCUCAGCGAUGACCGUCAGCCAUGGGAUGACAUGGAGGAUCUAUCGCCUGAGAUGAGACGGGAGAUGGAAAAGCGCAAACUCGAGGCUGAAGAAAGAAGAGUAGCUCAAGCAGCCGCAGAAUACAGGCAGCGACUAGCAGCAAGAGGAGGCGGGACCGUCGGCAGCAAUGCAGGGGUGGGAAGGUCAGCCACCAUUCAGAACAGGAUGAAGUCCUUGCUGAGCGAGAACGAUCGACCUGCGCACAAGACAGCCACCGGCUAUGGUCACUACACCGAACCUCCUCCGCCCCUUCACGGUUCGCCGGACGACAGGCGGCUACCUCAGCCGUCCAGAGCGCCCCAAGCCCAUUUGACCGGGAAAAUGGAAAGACACGGCCUCCCUGAAGUAGUGGCAUCUGCACCGGCUUCCUUGACUGAUCUUAGCAGAGUAGAACCCCGUGGACAGAAGCCGACUGCACCACCGAAACCAAAGGUGCUGCGGACGGGCGGUAUAGCAGAGUCGGCCGUGGUGAGCACGAGUGAAGCCAAUCCCGCAGCUACGAACGUGGAUGAAGACUGGGAAGCCAACUUCAACAGGAGAUACCCCAGUCUUGCUGGGAUUGAAAUGGUGGAAACCUCGAUAGAUGGGCCAAAGAGCACAACCACGGUGCGCACGAAAGAAGUAUAA